AUGAAGGCGGCUUCCCCUUCAACUUCUCCAAAGCCCACUGCCAUGUCUACUCCUUUUGCCACUCUUCCUGUUGAGACCAUCGUCGACAUUCUACGGUUCUGUUCUGCAGAAUGCUCACCCGUCAUGCUCCCCACUCCGCCGACCUUUGCGGAGACUUGUCGCACCAUCGCAGGUGCUGACCUGUCCACUCUCUCGCAAGUAUGUCGCGGAUUCGCCACCGUCAUUCGCGACACUCCAAGCUUGUGGUCGACGAUUACCAUCGACUUGCGAUGUUUUACACACAUCUCGGCGGACGACCCAUACCACGGAAACAAGAAUCAAGCGUAUAGGGCGGAUUAUAAUGUCAUUAUCAACCUGGUCAGGCGCGUAUUGGAACUGGGGAAGGACACACCAAUCACCAUCAACUUCGUGCAGGCCCGCGAUCUGUAUCCCAUCCAGCUCCUCGAGCUAGUCGCCCAAUCCGCUGGCCGUUGGCGCGAUGCCACCUUCUAUAUCCACCCAGUCAUGCUCCACGGUCUCUUUGCUGUUCACGGAAAUCUCCAUCGCCUCGAAAACCUCACAAUUGUGCGAUGCCUUGGCGAUGUAGAGGACCUCGCAUCUUCGCUCGAGAGACCUCUUUCAUGGUUCUCGGUUGCCCCUCGUCUCACUCAAGUCAAUUUUCCUGGCCCGCUCCGCGUUGGACUGCUCCACAUUCCCGUCGAGCAACUCGAGCAUCUUCAAUGCAGUCCCCAGUAUGCCGAUAUCCCCGCCUUCCUGCAAAUUGCCACCCGAAUGGGGCCAGGCUCCCAGCUCAACGUCGAGCUGCAUGUCGACUGGUUUGAAGAUGAUAUAAGCAAUGCAGUCCAUCUCGAAGGCCAGCAUUUCCAGCAACGUGUCGACAGUGCUUUGCAAAACUUGCGAAUCACUGCCGUUCAUGAUCAAUCACCGGACUAUAUCGCGUGCUCCGACGGAAGCGCUGUUGGCUUCCUCCUGCAAUCCCUCCGCCUCCCCAAUCUCGAUUCAUUUGAGCUGAUUGCGGCACCGCAAACCCCUGUUCCUCUUGUUUGGCCGCAGGACGCGGCCCUGGGGUUUUUCGGGAGCUCCUCGGGAAAGAACUUGACCACUUUAAUGCUGCAAGAUGUCCGCUUGUCUCCCCAGCAGCUUUUGGCUGUCCUCCACUGCCUCCCCAUCCUGCAAGAUCUUUCCUUCGCGGAUUUCGUGGGUGACGAUCCGGACGACGGAGACGAUAUUCCGGCCCUCUUCACGGACGAGCUCCUUCACGCGCUCUCCCAGCCUCAGGGCCAGCUCGUCCCGCGUCUUGCCCGCCUGAUGGUCACCUCCAAAGCGGCAUUUGCCGAGCCGGUGUUGUCCAGAUUUAUUAUGCAAAGGCUGCGCCCUGGGCAAGUGUUCACAUUUACGCUCCUGUGGGUCCCGAGCUUUGCGUCGAUGUUUGAGGCGGAGCUGGACUAUGCUAUUGAACGCUGGGUGGAGGCCGGACUUCUGUGCUGGGAGAGUCGGGACUUUCCCAGCUAUGCUAGGGAUUGA